AUGCUGCUGCAAGCUGCAAGCCGCGAACGAACCCCCUCCACCCACCAGGCCGCUGCGAAGGAGACCGCGUUGAUUCACACUUGCGCUGUCCAAAAGUGCACAUCCUCCAAUGUCGAAGAGUCUACCAGUGCUCUCCACGCGUCUGUCACCAAACCCGAGUCGCAGCUUGAUGCCACGAAGACCUGGACGGAGUCUGGGAGGCCUACCUCGCUGCCACGAUUGAAGUCGACGUCAAAGUCAUCCCCAAUCAUCCUCGCUCCUUCAAACGCCAGCCGCAGGACGACCGGCUGCAUCGCCCAAGGCGGCGCAGAAAACGGGCCAGCGUCAGGUUCUCUCGAGUCAUUUGUCACGACGACCGCGUCCGACUUCCCAUCUGAGCUCAAGUUCAAGAGCGAACGGGAGGCUGCGAAGGAUGUUGCGGCUGAGCACGAGUUGGUGUUCUACGCGUCCGAGCUCGUGGCUGAUCUCGCCGUUGCGAAGGAAGCGUCUGACGCUGCUUUGGCCGCGGAGGAGGAGAACGGAUUUGGGGAAGCGAGCGACCAACACCACGCUGUCCGCCGCGCUCGCGGCUGCCACCGAGUCGAGACCGAGGUCGCGCAGGCCAAGACCCACGCCGGGACGCUCGAGUCCGAGAUCGGAUCGCUCAAGGCGUCGUCCGAAGUAUUCGUCCCGGAGUUCGCUGCUCCCCGGGAAGAGCUUGCCGCUGCGCAAAAUGCGGCUUCUAGUCACGAUUCAUGCCGCUAA